CACCUAUACCUGAAAGAGGAUCUCGGUAGUAGUCAGUCGUAUACCGGCUCUUGGGUCGUAACGGCACACGAAAUACUGGAGAGCCUUAAUGAGAAUUCUACUGUAAAGCGGAUAUAACAUGAUAUUGAAUAUCACUUCUUGCACGACGGUGCUUUAUUGGAUUGCGGCUAUUGUCUCGAGUGGCGCGAUAUUGCUCCUGGUGGGUCUCCGCCUGUACGUUUUUUAUACUUUGGGCAUUUGCAAGAGUAAAAACCGAAUGGAUGGUAAAACAGUGAUAAUCACCGGAUGUACCUCCGGUAUUGGUAAGGAGACAGCGAAGGAUCUUGCCAAGAGAGGCGCGAGGAUCAUUAUGGCCUGCAGAAACACGGACACUGCUAAUCAGCUGAAAGAUGAGAUUGUGAAAGAAUCAAACAAUAACAACAUUGUCGUCCGCAAAUUGGAUCUGUCAUCGUUGCAAUCGAUCAGAAAGUUUGCGUCGCAAAUAAAUCAAGAGGAAGGGAGAUUGGACGUGUUGAUUCAUAAUGCUGGAACUGCGGAGACUUUCAGGAAGAAAGUGACGGAAGACGGAUUAGAACAGACUAUGGCUACCAAUUACUUUGGGCCAUUUUUACUCACGCACCUUUUAAUCGACUUAUUGAAACGAUCGACACCGAGUCGCAUCGUAAUGGUUGCGUCAGAGCUCUAUCGAUUGGCGAGUUUAAAUCUUGACAAUAUCAAUCCAACGUCGUCCUUGCCGGCGUAUCUGUAUUACGUAUCGAAGUAUGCGGAUAUAGUCUUCACACUGGAGCUGGCGCGACGUCUAGAGGGCUCGGGAGUGACGGCAAAUUGCCUGCACCCCGGGAUGAUAGACAGCGGAAUUUGGCGAAACGUACCCGCCCCGUUAUCCUGGGGUUUGAAACUAAUAGUUAAGGUCUUCUUCAAAACGCCCAAGCAAGGCGCACAGACGACCAUUCAUCUCGCAGUUUCCAGCGAACUUAAUAGAGUUUCAGGAAAAUACUUCAUGGACUGUGCUGAACAUGGAUUAUCGAACGCUGUGAAAGAUCCUGCUAAGGGCAAGAAAUUGUGGGAAUUAAGCGAGCCUCUGGUGAAGUUGCAACCAUCAGAUCCGAAGAUAUAAAUGUGCACUUUUUUUGUAAAUUUUUAUAUAACUUUUGUCAUUUGUUAUACUAUAUAUACUUAGCGGUCCUUUGUACUUAGGGUUCCUAAUCCCUGUAGUUGUUCCUGUUUAAUGAUUUUUUAGGUUAGAAGAUUUGACACGUUGAUUCUUGCAUGCCAUUUUCAAAAAAGAUAUUUAUCUGAAAUGAUGAAAAAAAGAUUUUGAACUGCUCUAGUAUACUUAUAAAAUAUUUGGAAAACUAUCCCUUUCCUUUGACAAUUAAUAAACAGCAGCAAGAUGAAUGUCACACGAAGCCUAAUUACGCAUUUGCAUAUAAUCUGCAUGACUUGGCUUCGUAUCGCGUUCAUUUUACAGCUGUUUAUUAACUGUCGAAGGAAGAACAUAGCUUCCGCAAUAUUUUACAAGUUUGCAAGAGACCUGAAGUGUUCCUUCAUCCAAGUAUUUUUUUAUUUAAAAAUGGCACGCAAGAAUUCUCUGUCAUUUCUCACCUUGACCUUAUUAACAAGGAUAACUGCAGCGAAAAAUCAGGGACCAUAAAAUUUUAAGUGUAAUAAUUUCAUAACUUGCCAGUAUAACGUACUUUGCAGUGGUGUAUUAAAACUUCGUUAGUCAAUAUUAGAAAAUAUCUUUGUAAGUAUUAUAGUUUUGCAGAGAUAAUUUUUUACUGAAAAAGAAACAUUUUUAAUAAAUAAGAUAUAUAAAAUUA